AUGAGCUCGACUGGAUCGACACGUAAGGCAAUCGACGCUCUGCAAAUGGGCUCCCUUUUAGAGGAGCCCUUCCCACUCAGGCGGCCUCUCGAGUCUGCUUUCUCUCUAGGCAGGACCAUCAGCACUUCCACAGAAGGCAUGGACAUUGAAUUUGACGCAGUCCUGCUGGACGUUGCCAGCUAUUCUGAGGCGCCCCUUGUUCGCUUCCAAGAGAGAGGCCCCGUUGCUGACAAGGGCGAGGUUAUGGAGUGGUUGGAGGCUGCGGUGUUUGGCGAGGACGAGGAUUUCGGGGCCCUCCUGGUGGAGCCCCUGCGGGCCAGGGUCGCGUUGGGGCCAAUCUAUGACGAGAUUUUUGGCAAUGCUGAAAGUGGGGGCGGGCUGCCAGCUAUGGGGAGCCCAGCAAACGGAGUCAGCUCUGAGGGGCAAGUAAGGGCGGAGAAUGAGCUCUCUGGUGGGCACUUUCACAACGCUGCAGAAAGCCUCCUUUCUAGGGAGGGAUUCGCCGUCAGUAGCUGGGCAAGGGAAGAGGUCAGCAUUGCGGACGCAGACGCCCUGGAGACCAUCCUCGAUGUCAUUCAGAAUGUUCUUGAGGAGACCGCCGAGACUGCAGAUGAGCUGGGUGUAACUAGAGGCCCUGUCACGAGGAGGGGACCUCCCUCAGCUGGCGACUCGUGGGCUGCGGUUGUGGGCACCUUGGAAAACAGGGCCCCAAUCCUGGGCUCUAGGAAAGCGCCGCAAGCAGUGCAGGGUCACCCAAGAGGAGGCCCUGUUUUGGACCUCGUCCUGAUGGACGCGCAGCCUGGCAAGGGGUUUCAAAGGAAGAAGGCGGGCCGGCAGGGCCCUGCGAUUGAGGCCUUUCAAGAAUGGGGCCCGGUGAAAGAGGAGCGGAAUCCGAGGCUGAGGGCAGGCAAGUGGAAGAGCCACGCGCGGCGGAAGGGCAGCCCCCCGCCCCGCAGAAUGGGCAACUUUGGCACCGGCAAGUUUUGCAGCAUAUGCUCCCCCGCGCUGAGCAACAGGCUGCACAAGAAGGUCGACGCGCGGCGGGAGUGCAAGGCUGGGGACCUAAUCCCGGGGUAGUUGUGACUGCACGGUUUAGUAUGGUGGGCUGGCGGGUUAGCUAAGUAAUGUAAUACAUUGGAAUAAAGGCGGAGAAGCUGGAGAGAUUUUGAAGGUUAGCGGAUAUUUCCGGGCCGUAUUUCCGGUCUGUGGGGGUGGAAAUAUUUGGAGCAAAGCAGGCUGGGUUUCAAUAUGAAACCAUAAUGAGGCAAAGGUGGGAACAGCGCUGCUCCUAUAAAUUGCAAACUGACUGCGCGUCACAUUGAACAUUGGCUGCAUGGUUCUUCGAAAGCUUAUUAUUUCAAGAGGACAAGCUGGUGUGUGGCCUGGCUGAGGGGCCUGAGUAUACUGCUAGCACGAACUGGAGAUGGGAAGGGACUUAACAACAGAUUAGAGCUCUAUUCUCAAAGUGCAUGAGGCACCGGCAUGAUCAGCAACCGACUGGUUCUUUAAACAAUGUGUAUGGGCUGAUGUGGUUUCGUAACCGUUGGUUAAACAACCGCUGCUAGUUAGACAACCACUGCUAGUCAGCACCCUAAAGGACACACCGGCUUGUUUGUACAAAAUAGCAACAUUAUUUAGAAGGGGACCGUCUUGCCGACUGGUAAGGCACUCCAUUAGAUUGAUCUAUGUUCAACUAGUCACAAACAAUCUUGAUUGAUUCAGAGGUGUUGGGUAUGUCUUUGAACGGCCCGGCAUGCUACAAAAGCCAGCAAUUGAAUGCGUCUCCAGAUCCAAAACUUCAUAAUCUAUGAGAUAAUAGUGCU